ACACACACGCGCACAGUCACCAGGACAGCAGGCUGCCAGGCAGGCAACACGCGGACACCCAAUUAUUCACCCAAGACCCAACACCCGCCCAGGCAGCAAGACAAGGACAAGGGUCUCCACCGCUUCCCCUCCCCUCCCCUGCUCUGCUCCUCGCCUCCUCCCUCCCGAAUCCCGAUCCCAGCUUCCCUCCUUCCUCCCGCCCACGCCGCCAAAUCGAGCCCCAGCCGCGAUGAGUUGGUGGUGGACGGGCGCGAUCGGCGCGGUCAAGAAGCGCCAGGACGAGCAGGCGGCCGCCGCCGAGCCCUCCUACCAGAGCGUCGCCCUCGUCGUCGGAUCCACCGGCAUCGUCGGCACCUCCCUCCUCGACAUCCUCCCGCUCGCCGACACCCCCGCCGGGCCGUGGAAGGUCUACGCCGUCUCGCGCCGCCCGCUCCCGCCCUGGUCCCCGGCGCCCUCCCCGGCCGUCACCCACCUCCACCUCGACCUCGCCGACUCCGCCGCCGUCGCGGAGGCUCUCCAGCCCCUCACCGACAUCACCCACGUCUUCUUCGUCGCCUGGACCAACCGCCCCACCGAGGCGGAGAACCGGGAGGCCAACUCCGCCAUGCUCCGUAACGUCCUCUCCGUCGUCGUCCCGAACUGCCCCGCGCUCGUCCACGUCUGCCUCCAGACCGGCCGCAAGCACUACGUCGGCCCCUUCGAGGCCAUCGGCAAGGUCGCCGCCCCGGACCCGCCCUUCACCGAGGACAUGCCGCGCCUCGACUGCCCCAACUUCUACUACGACAUGGAGGACAUCCUCUUCCACGAGGUCUCCCGCCGAGACGGCGCCGUCAGCUGGUCCGUGCACCGCCCCACCACCGUCUUCGGAUACUCCCCUCGCAGCGCCAUGAACCUCGUCGGCAGCCUCUGCGUCUACGCCGCCAUCUGCCGGAAGGAGGGCACGACGCUCCGGUGGCCCGGCUCUCGGGUCACUUGGGAGGGCUUCAGCGACGCCUCCGACGCCGACCUUAUCGCCGAGCACGAGAUCUGGGCCGCCGUGGAUCCGUUCGCCAAGAACGAGGCCUUCAAUUGCAGCAACGGGGAUCUCUUCAAGUGGAAGCAGCUGUGGCCGAUACUCGCCGACCAUUUCGGCCUGGAAUGGGCUGGCUACGAAGGUGAGGAGAACAGGUUCAAGCUCGAGGAGGCCAUGGCCGGGAAGGAAGCUGUCUGGGCAGAGAUUGUCAGGGAAAACGACCUUAUAGCCACGGAGCUUGACGAGAUCACGAAUUGGUGGUUCGUCGAUGCCAUGUUUGCUGUGGAGACCCAGCUUCUGGACAGCAUGAACAAAAGCAAGGAGCAUGGCUUCCUCGGCUUCAGGAACACUGUCAGCUCUUUCAACACAUGGAUCGAGAAGCUGAAGGUCUUCAAGAUUGUUCCCUAAUAAUAAUUCAUCCUUGCUAUUCACUUCUAUACUGUUGUUCUGCAUCCUUAUUAUCCUGCUCAUUUAUCAGCACCAGUUCUCCUGUAAUUCAAACAUCUUGCUAUCUGUGCCAGGUUUGCAUGUUAUAUACUAGGGACCAAUAAGGAUCAACACAUUGCAAAAUAGGUUAUUCUUGUCCAGCAUGGGUUUGAUUGAAAUUGUUUGUGUAUUGAAUUACUAGCUGAAACCGUUCUUGUUUACUAGCAUUGCUUUAUCUGUGAAUCGGUUGGUGCAUCAAUCAAUUAUCUCC